AUGGAGGAGACAUACCUUCUCAACCAUCCAGGAGUCAAGAAGAAAAUUCUGGCAGGAGGCACAGGACCACUGCCACACUUUCCACCUGGGACAAAGCUGGUCUUCCAUUUCCAGACACUGCUGGACAAUUUUGAACGGACCAUCAUAGAUGACAGCCGACUGGCUGGUAGACCAGCUGAGAUCUAUGUCGGAAAGAUGUUCAAGAUGGAAGUGUGGGAAACCCUGCUGACAUCCAUGAGGGUUGGAGAAGUGGCUGAAUUCUGGUGUGAUGCCAUUCACACAGGCCUGUACCCCAUUGUAUCCAAAGGAAUGAGACUGAUUGCUCAAGGAAAAGACCCUUUAGCGGGCCAGAGGCACAUGUGUGGCAUGGGAAACCUGUUCCACUAUCACUCCACCGGUUUCCCAGAGCUCGAUGAAAUAAUGCGAACUCCACAGCCAUUAAUAUUCAUCAUGGAGCUGUUGCAGGUGGGGGAUCCCUUGUCCUACCACAGAGAGUCGUGGAUGAUGGAAAAAGAUGAGAAGCUGCAAACAGUGCCAACUCUCCACAUGCAGGGCAAUGCUCUGGUCAAGCAGAAAGAAUUCAGAGAAGCUGCCAGCAAGUACAAAGAGGCUGUUCUGCUGCUGAAAACUGUCCAGUCCAGGGAGAUGCCGGGUGAUGUGGACUACAUUAACUUAGGUCGAAUGAUUGUCCCCCUGGAACUGAACUACUGCCAGUGUAUGUUGGAGCUGGAGGAGUACUAUGAAGUCAUAGAGCACACCACUGAACUGCUUGAAAAGCACAACGACUGUGUGAAGGGCUACUAUAAGAGAGCCAAGGCUCACGCUGCUGUGUGGAAUGAAAGGGAAGCCCGAAGAGACUUCAACAUGGUGGCCCAGCUGGACAUCACUCUGGCCUCGCUUGUCCAUCGAGAGCUGAAAGCCCUGUCAGAGCGUAUGAAGGAGAAGUACUGGGAGGAGAAAGAGCAGUACUGGAACAUGCUGGAGAAAACACAGCAGAAAAAUGAGGAGCAGGUAGAAGGAGAGGGACACGAUGAGGAGGAUAAGGAGCAAGAAGAGAAAAGCAAACAAGAAGACCCCGAAAGUGUGACAAUUACAACUGAAGAUAAAGUGGGGAAAAUAAAAUGUGCUGAAGUUGAAAAAGAGGAGCUUGAAGAAAAGAUUACACCAUCUGAGGGAAUCACGAAGGAAACAAGCUGUUCUACAAUCAAUCUAAACACUUGUGAUAGAAGCGAGGGGAAGGACUGGCAGCAGAUGUUACGACUUGUGAUGUUGUUGCAGAAUGAAGGAAAUUUCCUCAUUAAAGAAAACCGCUUUCAAGAAGCUGCUCUCAAAUUCAAAGAAGCUUUAGAAUAUGUGGAUUUACUACAAAACAAGGUGGAUCAGAAGGGUGAGGACUGGGAGUCGCUGGCAAAAGUGUGUCUUCCAAUCACUCUCAACCUCAGCCAGUGCAUGCUGGAGAUGAAACAAUACCAGCAAGUGGUGGAGCUCAACAACAAGCUGCUAAAGAGGCAUAAAGGUAACUUUAAAGCAGUGUACCAGAGGGCACAAGCACAUGCAGCAUUAUGCCAUGAGGGUGAAGCACGGAGAGACUUUGCUACGGUGGAAAAAUUGGACCCAAAGUUCAAACCUUUUGUUCAGCAAGAGCUGAAAAGAUUGGGGGAAAGGGUCCGUGCUCUGCAUGUCAGUCAAAACAAGACAUACCAGGAUGCGACGGAAGAGAAGUGGGGGCCUGGUGGAAGCAAGACCAAGAGUGCAGCAAAAAAAAGGAGCGUCAAAUCUAAUAUAAAUCUAAAUGAAGUAGAUGAGAAAACUAAGGGCAAUGAGGUUCAAGAGAAAGAAAACUCAGAGGAAAAGCACCUUUCUGAGAAGGAAGGGGAAGAUGAUGCAGUAAUCAAGAUAAAUUCUGAUGUGGAAGCAAAGCAGAGUAAUAAAGAGGCAGAGUGUGGGCGGUUAGAAAAUGAAAAUACAGGGAGGGUCGUGGCUCUUGCAGCCGAGCCAGGUGGACCAGAUAACAGUCUAACAGACAAAGAUAGUAAUCCUGCGGUGACCAGGUCAGGCAAAGAUAAUGUAGAGAGCAAGAGAUCAGCGCGUGACAAACGCAGAAAGAAGGUCAAAUGCCAAUUAAGUGGUGCACCAAACCAAAGCAAACCAAGCCCAGGGAACAAAAGCUCCACUGGUAAGACAGGAAAAAGUGCUCCAUCAAAACAGACCAAUGAGUAG